AUGAGGGAAAAGAAUAACAUUGAAGAAGUAAAAGGUGUAAAGAAUGAAGGAGAAAGAGGGGUAAAGAAUGAAGGAUACAAAGCUUCAAAUGGUGAAGGUGAAAAAGAAGGUUAUGCAUUAAGGGAAUCUAUAUAUUAUGAAGCAAAGAAAUUAUUAACAUCAUCAAUAGGUGAAACAAUAUAUAAAACAUUUUACAGUCAUAGUAAUAAUACACCCAUGUAUAGAGAUGAACUUGAACUGACACAUACUCCUUUAAAAAAUACAGAAGACAAAUGUUUGCUCAAAGAUGAAAACAAUAAUAAUACAAAUAAGGGACAUUAUGAAAAUUUACAAAAUUGUGAAUAUAUUGUUCAAGAGGAAUCAUGUAAUAACAAUAAAAGUUUUGAUUUAAAUUAUUCGCUUACAUCUCGCAUACAUAAUAAACCAAGUAAUGGUACCAGUCAUUUGGAAGAGCAAAAAGAAAAUAAUAAUGGUAGUGAAAAAAAUAUUGUAACUAUUGAAGAACAGCUCGUACACUCCAGUAUAAAAGAUAAUCAAAAUUGUUCGCAGAAUAUUGGGGGGAGAGAACUUGAAGGAGGGGAGACACUAUGUCACGCUAUGUACGCCAACAGUGUUGGCAAUGACAUUAAUAAUGCAGGAAAUGACAUUAAUAAUUCUGACAAUGACAUUAAUAAUGCAGGAAAUGACAUUAAUAAUGCAGGAAAUGACAUUAAUAAUUCUGGAAAUGACAUUAAUAAUGCAGGAAAUGACAUUAAUAAUUCUGGAAAUGACAUUAAUAAUGCAGGAAAUGACAUUAAUAAUGCAGGAAAUGACAUUAAUAAUUCUGGAAAUGACAUUAAUAAUUCUGGCACUAGCAAUAACAUAAAUGGAGGUACCCUCAGGAACGCGGGCAAGGACACAAAGAGCAGAAUUAAUUUUAACGGCUCCCCUAGAGAUGUAAGGAUUCCGAUGGGUAAUAACGACGAAAAUACAAAAGAAGACGCGAGCAGGGGCCCCAUGAGGAUACGAAUCAGUCCUGGUAGUUCCAAUUAUAAUGAAGAUUCAAGUAGUGACAAGGGGAGGAGAGUACACAAAAAAGAGAACAUCGUUGAGUCAGAUAAUAAAAAGAGCAUCAAAAUUAUUGAGUUAUAUGAAAAAAAAUUACAAAGCGAAGAAAUAAAAAAAAAAAGCAAACACUUUAAUAGAAAUAGCAAUAGCUACAGAGAUAGCAGCAGUGGUAGCAGUGGUAGCAGUGGUAGCAGUAGUAGCCGCAGAAUCCCCAGCAGCCCCAUCAGUGAUGGUCGUGCGGGAAAGGAUAAGGAACAAAUUAGAGAGAGCAUUUCAAAAAUUUUUAAGGAAUCUCCUUCUUCCAUCCCUAAGAUAAUAAAUGAAAUAAAAAAAGGGGAAAAUUAUAUGAAUGAAAAAGGUCAAGAAGAAAGAAAUAAAAGUGAAUGGAGAGAAUUAAAUAAUGACAAACGUGAGUACUAUAACAGGAACGAAAAUGAACAAGUCGUAACUAAUAAACAUGAUGAUUCAAAUAAAGCAAGAGCUUCUAAGAACACAUUGAAAGAAGGUAGCUUAUUACGACUAUUCCGCUGUGAAUAUUUUGAUACACAUCUACAUAUAAGGUAUUUAUAUGACAGAAAAGAAGUAGGAGUACAUGAAUACUUAGUUAAUUCGUUAUAUACACAAAGAAAGUAUAAAGACAUUUUGUUUUAUCUACCACAGUUAAGUCAGAUAUCACUUGUGAGAUAUGAAUCUUCCUCUCUUUAUCGUUUCUUAUUAGAUAAAGCAAGUAAAUCCAUGCAUUUUGCUUUGAAAUUAUGCUGGAUAUACCAUUCCAUAGUAGAAGACAACUCUAGUAAGUAUAAAGAUUUAGCUCAACGAAUGAUACAAGAAAUAGAAAUGGCUGUAGUUAAUUGUAAACCUUUAAAUAAUGAAUGCAAAAAUUUUAAAGAAAAUAAACAAUCAUAUUUACUUAAUUUGGCAUACCCUCUUCUAUUCAAACGAAAAUUUAUUAUUAGAAAAAUAAGGAUCAAUGAAAAGUUAAAUAAAAUAAAAAUGUAUAAUAAAUGCCUGAAUAAUUCUUGUAAUUCUUAUGCUCUGAAAAAUCUAAUUGAAAGUAACCCUAUUGACAAAGGAGCAAUGUCUUUUAUGCACAAUUUUAAAGAAGCUGUUAUAAAGGAAAGAAGAAGGCGAAAUAUUAGUAAAAACAAAUUAUAUAAUGACAAUAAUUGUAAUCAUUACAUCGGUUCUAACGUACGUGGGGAAAAAAGAGUAGAAGAUCUGUAUCCUGCAUACGUAAAAAAUUGUAAUUUUAACAUAAAGCAGAAUGAUGAACAACUUUUGAAAAAUAAUAGUAAUACUGAAAAGAACCAAGUACAAACUACGGAUGUGACAAGAGGGGAAGGACCUACAUAUGAACUGAGAGAAAGAAUUACUGUUACAAAAAAGAAAAAAGAUAUGAAUGUACUUAUAUCAUCUCCUAGAUUACCUGCAUGUUAUAUUAUAAAUUCUGGCCCAUUAUCUAUAGCAAGGGCAAAAGUUAAAUUACCUAGUACUUAUUCUAAGUUAGGUAAUCCUUUAAGUUUUUCGAAAUUCUCUCUUCCUGAUUUUAAAUACAGUUUUGAUAUGAUCGAAGAACUACAGCAGUUUUUUAUGAAACAAAGAAGAUGUGAUUAUUUUAGUCUCUUAAACAAUUUUAUUAAUUUAAUUAUUUCUGUUUCUAAUUUGUUACCUCUUGAACCAGAUAUAGAUUUAAGAAAUGAGUUAUUGAAAAGAUUUGUUUAUUCAUUAAACAGUUGGAUGCUUAUGAGAAGGUGUAUUGUUGCAUCGUGUGAGAAUAUAUUUGCCAUGACAGGAUUAUGCAUACCUUUAGAAUGCUUAUCUUGGUCAUCAUGUAGCAAUAAAAGCGAUAACAAAAUAGCUGAGAACUGUUAUAGAUAUACUAAUUUACAGAUAUUACACUUUAGUCAUGAAGAAUGUAAAAUAUUUUUUUCAAAGAAGAGAGCCCCAUACUUACUAGUAUUUGAAGUUGCAGAUUUGGACGAGGAUAUUAGCCAUAUUUCCGACAAUAUUUUCUAUUCAACCAAAAAGAUGUUCCUCGUUGAAAGGAAUAAAAGGAGGCAACCGGGGAAAGAUGGGAAAGAUGCAAGUGGGGGGAGAGAAAAGGACGAAGAAGAGGAUAAUGAGGAAGGGAAACUGAAAGAGGAAGAGGGGCAAAAAGAGGGCGAAAAAGUAGACAAAAAGGAGGGCGAAAAAGUAGACAAAAAGGAGGGCGAAAAAGUAGACAAAAAAGUAGACAAAAAAGUAGACAAAAAAGAAGACGAAAAAGAAGACGAAAAAGAAGACGAAAAAGAAGACGAAAAAGAAGACGAAAAAGAAGACGAAAAAGAAGACGAAAAAGAAGACGAAAAAGAAGACGAAAAAGAAAAGGAGGACAAGUUGAAAAGAAGUCACCUUUUGUCGAGAAAUUUUUUAUUUUCGAAAAAUUAUGGGUGCUAUGACGAAAAGUGUAGUUUGUAUGAUUAUGAAAAAGAGGAAGGAAGUAGAAGAAGGAGAAGAGGAAGUAUAGGAAGAAGAGAGAGCAGAGAAGGAGAGGAGACUAACAAGAAAAAGACUAAUAGCUCAAAAGAGGACGUAACUGUUAACCGUAAUUGCAGUUUAGACAAAUAUGAAGAAAAGGAUGGAGAGAAGGGGGAAAAGAAAAAAGAAAAGAUAAAAAAUAAAUAUAACAAUAGUAGUAAUAGUAACAUCAACGGCAGUAGCAACAACAGUGUAGCGGAUUUAAGCGCACUAAAAAUGGAUGAUAUAUAUACAUACAAUUGUAUAGUGAACGAUUUAAGGAAGGAAAACUUAAUAUCUUUUGGUUUAAAUGAAGAGGAGAAUAUUUCACUUAUAAAAAGAUGUAUAGGGUUAAAAGGAGAUGACAGUUACGAUAACAGUUACGAUAACAGUUACGAUAACAGUUACUAUGAUAGUUACUAUGAUAGUUACCAUGAUAAUGGUGAGAAUGGAGAAAAGGCAGAAGCCGAAAGGAGUGUUGGAAGAAGGAAAAAUUUUCAAACAGCAAACAAAGAUAAUAUAUCAACUACUUUAGGAGCUAAGAAAAACUAUAUUUUAAACUCAAGGUCUGUUUCUAUGCCUAGUUAUUUAAAUAAUAGUUCAGAAAAAUGUGAAAUUAACUCUAGUGAAAAUACUAGUAAUAAUAUUAAAACGUCUGUAGAAAGCAUAAGUAGUGGUUUGAAUGACAUUUUGAUAGAAAAAAAUCUAUAUCAGCAUGUAACAUAUGAAAAGCUGAAAAGGAAAAAUGAAAAUAAUUUAAUUGGUUGUAGUGAUACAGUUGUAGAUGAUGGAUCGAAUGGUUAUCCGUACGGGCAGAAGGAAGACAAAAGGAGGAGCAAACCCUCGGCUACAAGUGGUAGCAGUAGCAGUAGCAGUAGCGAUAAUGCCAGUGGGAGUGAUGCCAGUAGUGGUAUAAGUGGCCAUAAAAGAGAUCUUAAAAGUGAUUGUAACAGUAACAGCAGCAAUAGCAAUAGCAAUUGUGGCAGUAACCAAAAUGACGGUGGGAACAUGCCCCCUUGCAGGCACAGCUACUACCCGGUGGAAUACCCAAGUAACCCACUGGACAUAAGUGAAUAUUUCAAACCGGAAAAUUAUAUGAAUGAAGAGUUUAAAAAAAAGAAUUGCAAAAUAAUAAAAAGAUUGUUAUGGGGAGAACUAUUUGAAGAAAAAAAAAAGAAAAUUAGAAAAGUAUCACCAUAUGGAAAAUUGAAAAGUUGGGAUCUCAAAUGUGUAAUAGUUAAAGGAGGUGAUGAUUUAAGACAAGAAUUAUUAGCUUCUCAAUUAAUAAGACAAUUUAAAAUUAUUUUUGAUAAUGCUGGAUUACCCUUAUGGUUACGACCAUAUGAAAUAUUAGUUACAGGUUCUAACUCUGGAAUCAUUGAAUAUGUUAAUGAUACUUGUUCAGUCGACUCCUUGAAGAGAAAAUUUGGAACAGAUAGUAUAUCAACGAUCUUCAACAUUGUUUUUGCCGAUUAUAUAUUUGAGGCCAAAAAGAAUUUCAUCGAGAGCCAUGCGGCUUACUCACUCAUUUCGUACUUACUACAAGUAAAAGAUAGACACAAUGGAAAUAUGUUGCUAGACUCGGAUGGUCAUCUAAUACAUAUAGAUUAUGGAUAUAUGCUUACAAACUCCCCUGGUAAUGUCAAUUUCGAAACAUCCCCGUUCAAAUUAACACAGGAAUAUUUAGACAUUAUGGAUGGAGAAAAAUCAGAUAACUAUGAAUAUUUCAGACGACUUAUUGUUAGCGGCUUCUUGGAAGCUCGAAAGCACUCGGAAGAGAUCAUUCUUUUCGUCGAGUUGAUGAUGCCAGCUCUGAAAAUACCUUGUUUUGCUGGCGGCACGCAGUUUUGCUUAGACUCUCUGAAGGAACGAUUUAUGACAAACCUGACCGUUGAUAUGAGAAUCAAUGCGCUAAUUGAAGCAUCGAUUAACAACUUUCGUAGCGUGCAAUAUGAUUAUUUUCAGAGAAUAACAAACGGAAUAAUGUAA